CUGAGAUUUGAGCUGAAAGUGAAAUAUUAAGGAUGCGGACUGCACUGAGCAGCGGAUGAGUGGCCUGUCUUCAGCAAAAAGACUUUCAUUUCCAUAAAAACUAAGAAAAAAACCACAAAGGUGUUAAAAACAAAAUGUCCGGAAAACACUUUAAUGUGCAUGAAGUCGGCUGCUGCAUUAAAUACUUCAUCUUCGGCUUUAAUAUUAUAUUCUGGCUGCUGGGCGUGGCCUUCCUGUCUGUUGCUUUAUGGGCCUGGAGUGAGAAGGGCGUCCUGUCCAACAUCUCGUCCAUCACAGAUCUGGGAGGUUUCGACCCCGUGUGGUUGUUCCUGGUCGUGGGGACGGUGAUGUUUGUGCUCGGGUUCGCCGGCUGCAUCGGCGCGCUGAGAGAAAACUCCUUCCUGCUCAAGUUUUUUUCUGUGUUUCUGGGAAUCAUCUUCUUCCUGGAGCUUACCGCCGGAGUCCUCGCCUUCGUCUUUAAGGACUGGAUCAAAGAUCAGCUCAAGUUCUUCAUCAACAACAACAUCCGAGCGUACCGAGACGACAUCGACCUGCAGAACCUCAUCGACUUCACACAGGAAUACUGGGAGUGCUGUGGUGCGUUUGGACCUAAGGACUGGAACCUGAACAUUUACUUUAACUGCACCGACACCAACCUGAGCCGAGAGAAGUGUGGAGUUCCCUUUUCCUGCUGCACUAAAGACCCUGCGGAGGACGUAAUAAACACUCAGUGUGGUUACGACAUCCGAGCUAAAGCCGAAUCGGAGCAGAACUCGUCCAUCUACGUUAAAGGCUGUGUGCCACAGUUUGAAAAAUGGCUGCAGGAGAAUCUCACAGUGGUGGCUGGAAUCUUCAUAGGAAUCGCACUGCUGCAGAUUUUUGGGAUUUGCUUGGCUCAGAACCUGCUGAGUGACAUCGAGGCUGUGAGAGAGAGCUGUUUGUUCACUUGACCCAGCGUCGUCUCAGCGUCCUGUCGCGGGAAGAGGACUUUUCAGUUUCACUUUUAUUUCUAAAACACUUUAAAUUACUGUCUACGUGUCACUUUCGCUAGCGUCUUUAUUCAUGCCUGUAAUCCAGACGUGACUGCAGUUCCUGCACUGACCACAAGGUGUAGCUGUAGAGUCACUGUAGCGUCAUGCUGUGUGCUGUAGAACUUAAGAAAUAUUCCUUUUUAAAAAUGAAUGUUUUAAAAUUAAAAUGAAUUUUACACA